CAAAGAGACCGCGCCUCUAUUUCGUCUCUGGUUCACUUAUAUACUCUGUUCCUAUAUUAUCUUGAAAUUGCUGUGUUUUGGUUUUAUGCUCUACACCUAUGACUCUACGAUGCGUUGAAUUUGCGUUGUUUAUUGUUUAAUUUAUGAAUUUGCUUUUGUUUUUUUUAAGGCUUUUAACGUCGAUUUAUUGAACGUUAUAUGAACAAUUUGAUGUCACAUUUUUCUUGUACGGUGAACGCAUUUGUUUAAUACGUAGGAGAAAAACUAAUAAUAAUUUAAUAUGAUCCAAAGUUAUUUAAAUAUAUGUUUAAUGUGAUGAAAACCGGCUGUGAAAAUGUGUUGAUAAAGAUUGUUGUAACUUUAAUCAAUUUAAAUGAUGCCUACUGGCACUGAAUAUUUGCCGUUAUAUCAUAAAAAUAAAGGUUUUGCGGUUCGGCUACCCUUUGGUAAAUUAGCUUGGGUAACAGUUUCGCUUCCGCUGCUUAGUUUCAUUUUUUGUGUUUUAUGGUCUAUUCUUUUUAAUUUUGAAAGAGCGACGUAUACUCAUUGUGAAGUUCCCAACUACCUGCCCUCGAUAUCCGCAGCGAUCGGCUCGUACGCCCCGCAGAAGUACGUGUGGAAGACGGCCAUAGCCAUCCAUGCGGGACCGAGGUUCCUGGUGGCCCGCAUGUACUACAAGUACUACCAGAAGGUGUUGUUCGAGUGGAUUCACUUCCUCGCGGCCAUCGCCUGCUGGCUGAACGUCUUGGAGAACAUGGCUCUCAUUGGCCUCACCUUUAUCACGUCAUCAGAAAACUAUUCUGUGCACGAGAAGUUUUUCGUGACGUUCAUGGUGGCCUCCGAGCUGUACAUGAUGUUGACAUGCUACCUGCUGCGCAGCAUGAGAGCCGAACCUCCGGACAAUGUCGAAGCUCGUUCGCUUCGUAUCAAGUACCAGCUUCUCGCCGUCAACAUGACCUCCUUCGCCCUGGCCGCCUAUUUCUUCCUGCGGCACAACUGGUACUGCGAACCAGGGGUGUACUCGCUGUUUGCGUUCUGCGAGUACGUGGUGGUCCUGACCAACAUGGGCUUCCACAUGACGGCGUCGUGGGACUUCCACAGCCGGGAGCUGCUGGUCUGGCCGACGGGCAUCCACUUCAGCUGACGGGUGCAGCACGGCAGCCCGACGGGCCAAUAACACGGGCCCCGACCCGCCGACGCGGGGCCGGGGCCUAAGGCCAAGCAGUCGGUGGAGUCGAUAGUGAGGCAGAUCCCUCCCGGUUCCCAGGGGUCGCAGUGCCCCCGGAUAUUGCCCUGUCUUCGGGGGACACCUCCCCAGACUGCGCUGCCUGUGUAUCAGCAGUACGUAUACAUGAUGGUGGACCACAAGGCGGCAGGCACCCAGGUGUAGCGAGUCCGGGAGCUCUCCCAGCACGUUAGUCCAUGGCACAAGCCUUUAACAGAACUAUACUGCACUUGGGCUAGUCCAAAAUCUAUCAGUAUCAAAUUUGAAGAAGAAUUCAGCAAAUCACUGCUUAUUACUGACAAUGAAUAAAUUUUUUAAUUACUUGACAUGCACUCAGUUUAUUGGGCAGCGUGCUAAGAAAAGAAGUUGCAUGCCUAAUAUGUUAUGCCUUGUUAAAGUACAACACAUUCAAGAUGUUUAGCCAUUGGACUAAAGAGAAAUGAAAGAGGGAACAAAGAAAGUUUAAAGUGUACUAUUUUCUGAAGUUUCCGAUACACAAUGUUACCCGUUAGAAGUCACCCUUUGGCAUUUAGAAAGACAUUCCAUUGUUUAAGAAGGCAGCGGAAUUAUAUUCGCGAAGAAUGCUGGUUUCUGCUUUAACUAGUCCACAGCAGCAUCGUGGUAUACCUAUUAGUUUGAAUCUUUGACAUUUUAAACCAUUUAUUUAACAGUCUGAAAAAUUGACGACACUGGGAUGUAAGUAGGUUGUUCUGGGCCUUCCAACUUCUUUCCAAUUAGUUGGCAACUUGACUCCUUCAUAAAGUAAAAUACCACUUGUUGAUCUCUGCUUAGAUGGAUUUUGCACAACACCAUUAUGUGUUCAAUGUAAUGCCUUGCAUAUACUAAGUCAAUGGAAGCUUUGCAAUCUACUAGAGAACCAAGAGACAUCCAGAGCUCCACUCAAGUGGCUGCAUUCCCAGUUAACCACGUGACCCAGUCAUGCUUCUAACUGUUUUCAUUUGAUGAUUGCUAUUUAUUGUUUUCACAUAUGGAUAAGUUUUUAAUGAGCUGAAAGUAAGUCUUGAGUAGAGCAACUGAAAGUAUAUGUUUGAAUGUGUACCAGUUAUGAUUUGAGCUGUCAUGAAAGUUUUGUUAAUUUUUUACUUGUUGAUAGCAUACUCUGUGCCAUCACCUGUCAAAUUUAAUUUUACUCUAGCCCUAAUGAGUUAUGUUGAUCAUGUGAAACUGUAACACUGUUAGAAUUUUAAUUGUGUAUGUUACUACUUUGUACACUAUCUAUUAGAAGAAAAAGGGUUGAUUGAUCUUUGGUUUAUUACCUUGCAUGCGUUUUUUAUAUAUACAGUGUAAACUCUAUAUAACGACACUUAACGGACUGAACAUUUUUCGGCAUUAUAGAGAGUGGUCGUUAAAUGGUUAUCAUUUUAAUAUUCUAUACUAUCAAUUUGGGCCACACUCGUGAGUUACAUUCGUAUCAAAACUUUGUGCUUCUCCAUUAAUUUUACCAUAGUUGAUAUGGUGACGUUCUUUGAAUUUCCUGUGCCAUCUUUCUGAUGCUUUGAAAGCAGUUAAUCCUAGUUCUUCGGCAAAUUUUUCCGCCUUAGCUUUCAUGAUCGGCCCCGAGACAGGCAUAUUAUUCUGGCGUUGUCUAUAAAACCAUGAUAGCGUCGCUUGAUCCAGAUCUUCGUAUUGAGGUUUCUUUAAUUUCUUAGCAGAUUUUCCAUCCUCCUUUGCUUGCAGAAUUUUUUCUUUGUUUUUCCAUAUUGUAGACACGGUAGAGCGGCUAAAUCCGAAGCGUCUUCCAACAUCAAUGAUCUUUUCUCCCGCCUAUAUUGAGCAUAUUAAUAAAAAUUUUUCAUCAAUAGACAAAGAUUUUCGUUUACUCGCCAUGUUUACAGUUUGAAAGUCUUUAAGCUACUGUGAUAAUGAUAACGUGUAACAACUUAACAAAAGUCUAGUGACCGAGGUAAACUUGUAAGUUCAUCAUACAAAAUCGAAAGAUAAGAUUUCUUAGAAUCUCCGGUACGCCAGUCGAAGUAAACACGUGCUAGAUAAUACAACAACAAAACAGCAAACAAAAUAACGUACACAUCUGCAGAUCUUAUCAACUUCGGCAACAUAGAAAGUAAUACUUAAUGAUUUAUAAUGCCUUAUUGUUAUUAUUAUUAUUGUUAAUAGAGUGAGCGUGACGCUAUAUAGAAUGUAUUAUUGUAUAGGAAACAAGGUAAACCAACAAAUGUCAAGCAAUUUCGACGUUUUAAGGAGUUGGUCGUUAAAACGAGUGACGUUAUAAAGAGUUUACACUGUAUAUUUAUUUAGUAAACAGUAAAGUCAUCAGAGAUGGUUAACACACAACGAUACACACCAGGGGUUUUUUCUGUGAAAGGAAUCAGCAAUGGCAUGUUUAAAGAACCAUUAGCACUUGCCUUGAGUGAUUUUAGGAAACCAUGGGAAACUGAAUUCCUACCACGUCCUCAGCAAUGUGCAUCCAGUCUCACUUUGUUCCUUCCCACUUUUCUCCGUGCUUUAUGCAGCAUGUCCACAGGUCACGAAUUAUGGAAAAGUCUGUAAUUUAUUAAACAUCAAAGGGGCUGAGAGUAAUGAAACUUUAAUAUACAGCAGUCUUUUGUAUUUUGAUACCUCUCAUCUGUUGCGUUUACACAUUAAAUAUAAAUGGCCUAAUGGAGACAGUUCGUUUAAUCAAUUUAAAAUUAUUUCUGAAAAGGUUUUAGCCUUCUAACUUAAAAAAGUCCUUGGGGCACCGCCUAUAUGAUUAGUUAGAUUUUGAAGUACCUUUUUUUUCAUGAAUUUUUCUGGAAACUUCUGUAAAAAUCUGGACCAUUUUAAGAACUUAAUGUACAUGGCAUCCUAAAUUUUCUCCAAUUUUUCAAAAAUGAUUGAUAAAACAUUUUCUCAUAUUACAUGCAGCGAAAAUUCAUGAAUCCAGCAUGGAAGAGGUUACAAUGAAUUUCAUAAUAUGCCUAUUAAAGUAGUUGGGAAUUUUUUCGACUGUCAAACUAGAAUGGUACCUAUUCACAAAAUUUUUCCAAUACACCAAUACAACUUUUGCUGAUUCACUGAUUCCGAACCAAUGCAGGGGAAAACACAUUUUGGUUAAAAUAUUUUUAUAAAUUUACUAAAUUACCCAAACUCACUCAUUCUAAGAAAAGCAUGCAAUGCAAAUGAACAUGUAUUUUAGUUUAUAAAUGGAUCAUAACCUUUAUUUUUUUUACUCUUAAUUUUAGCUUUUUUUCAUUUAUUUGUUGACAACCUGUUAGUUGCUUAUUGAAACAUGAAUUUACUCAUGGAGGUUGGAAAAUUUAAUUAUUUAAUGUUAAAUGAUAUAAAAUACACUAGAGUCCCGUUAUAGCGAGGUGUCACGGUUCCGGGUUUGAUCCUCGCUAUAACUGUGUACUCGCUAUAACCGAAUUGGACAGAUUUUGGUCUCAAAAACAUAAAAAAUUAACCCAAAAUAGCAUAAAAAUUGUGUUUAUACCUGUAUAAUUUGAAAAUAACAGGUUAUAUUAACAAAAUCUUAUUUUAUGUGAGCAGAUGAGUGAAUUCUCUAUAAAACGAUACCCCACAAGUACAAAUGCGAUCACCGAUUGCGUGAAAAUAACCAGAAAACCUGCUGCCGAUGCAGCAUUGUCCGGCUAUCGAUUAGUCUGCCGCUGCAGCAUUGUUCCGCGAUUGAUCACUCGGCCGCUGCAGCGACGCAUGUACGCCUCAAAUAGUUGCUGGAAAACUAUACUUUUUCAAUUAAUAAAACCUGUAAACCUUUUUAGAAAAUAAAUUUGGGAUUAAACACAAACCAUCACCACCUACUUCCCGGACAGAUACCUCAACAACUGAAAGAAACAAAAGUUACAAGAAAACUGUCCUAGCGAUUCGGAAAUAAGAUACGGUAGGGCCUACUAUUUGUCAGAUAGUAAAAUAAAUAACGUGACGCUUUUGUAAACGUGUCACAAUUAAAAUAAUUCCAUACAAGUUUAUAAAUAUUUGUGUAUUAUUAACGCGAUCAAUUAGCAACAAGUAUAAAGACUGCUCUGACAUUUUUGGCCUAACAUAAUUAUGAAAAAUGUUAUUAUUCGGUAAUGAAAUGUCCCAACAAAUUAAUAAAGAGUAUUUAUUAAACAAAAAGUGCACAUUAUUAUGUUUAAUGGCUAGGGACCCGGGAAAAUCGUGAAAAUUGUUAAAACCAUUUAAAAUGUUAAAAAUAUUAAAUCCAUUGAAAAAAUGAUUUAGAAUGUUUUUUUGAAUCAAGAAGUACUCGCGCAUUUGUAAAAAUUCGGUAGUACGUGCGAAUUUCUGUAUGUAUUCAAAAUUAUACAUGAAUGUUUCGGAUCCAUCACAGAAAAAAAAUUGAAUGUUCUAUUGAAAAAUGUGGCGGCGGUUACUUCUGCGACGUAGUGGUGCGCACGAAGCUCGUCCAGGCUGGCGGCAGCGGCGACGGCAUGACGUCAUAGGGCUUACCUCUCCCUCCCCUGCAGGCAUUCUUCAAGGCUCAUUCUUCCAGAAAAACAGACUAUCCUGUCUCUCUCUCUCUCUCGCCCCCCCCCCUCCCCCCCAUCCUCUGACUCCCUCUCCCUAUUUUCCAAAUUCCAACAUUUCCUCCUUUCCUGCGACCUCAACACAACACCUCUCGCCUCAGCCCCUCCCCCUCGUUUCGACACCGCAUGGGACGAAAGCCAGGCUGUAUAGACCAUCCCCGGUAAAAUGAAUAUUUUUAAGGCUCCUGCGAAAGCCAUUUACAGUCAGUAAAUACUGUAAAAGUUACUAUGAUACACUUUAUUUAUUAGUCACACAGCAGUACCUAUUUAUGCUGGUAAAUCACUGAAUAUUUGAAUUUAUUGCAUGGAGUAAUUUAGCAGGGCCGUAAAAAUAUUUAUUUUAUCGCAAAUGAACUCUACUCACCCUUCCUUCCUUCUCACCUUUCCGGCGCGUGACGCAUAGCAACGGAUAUUAACUUCUACAGCUGAUAGGAGGAAACACGUAGACCUGCAAGGACGGAAAUUCUUACAGCUUAACAACCCUGUGUGUAUUCAUUUUGAGUGGGCAGUGUCUGCCUAAGCUACGUUAUUUUAUUAAUUUUAUUGUUGUGAAAAUAUACCUUAAUGCGCAUGAACUCAUGGUUUUAAAAUAGUGCUUUUAUUAAUUUAUAAUUGGAUAUCUACUAUGUAAGCUUUUAUGUAGCAAUUUUGAACAGCCUUUUCAAUUUAUUUUGAUCUUAUAUACAUUUGUUACCCAAGUAAUUUGGAAAUUUAUUCAAGAGUAUUGACAAUUUUACUCAAGAAUUUUUGCUUUCCUCACCCAAGAAAUUUGGCAGGUGCUAUUCAAGAAAUUCCUGGGUCUCUAUUAAUGGCGAGUAAAAAUAGAUUUUGUCUAUUCUCUAAAUAGUAAGAAAUGCGUACAAGUAAAUGUAUAUCCAAAGGCUUAGUUUAUUCCAGUCGAGCAUACCUUGGCCUUUGAAGCCAGCCAGUGAUGCUGUGACUGUGAAGUCGCAUGCACGCACGCACUGAGUUUGGGUGUUUGGAUGAUAGCCGGCUUAUCUUGUAGCGACGUAGUCAGAAACAAAACAAAGGGACUGCACUGAUUGUAGCCUAGCGGUUGAUUACAUACGCACAUAUUCCCAGCACGUACAGCAUUUAUUAUACAGCGAAACCCCUUAUUUACGUUACCGUUAUUUACGUUUUCCCGUUAUUUGCACUAUAUUCUUGAGGUCCUGUUUAGUUCCCAUUUAGUCCAAUACAAUACUGUCACACGAAUUACGUCUCAAAAAUUGAAUCUAUCCCGCUAUUUACGUCUCGUAACAACCAUAAACAACCAGAAAACGGCCUAAAAACAUUGUGAAAAACGUAACUUUUAUAGUCUGCAAUGAACAUUUUAAAUCGGAAAAUAUACAUAUUUUAUAACAUGAAAAGUUGCUUUUAUUUCUAAACAUGUAAUAAUUUAAGCCUGGGCGUGUAAAAGUCCGAGUAAUUAUAGCAGGAGACAAUCUAAAAUGCACGAGGGAAAAACGUAAAAUGUAUAAACAUGGCUGCUUGUAAGUUCUGAUACUGUAUUUAUGUCACAACUUAGCCGAAAUACUGGUACGAGACAUAAAAUUCACAAGAUAAAAUGAGCGGAGUCUUGGUAACUGUUUUAUACGUAUUUUAUAAUUUCGGAAGUAUUGUACAGUUGACGCAUAUUUUUUAAACUUGUCGUAGGCUGGUCGACUAGUCUUUGAAAUGUUUCUAUUUUUCCGGCUACUCAGGGUUUGGUAGAGGGGGGUUCAGGCCGCGUGGCCGAGGGACUUAGUCUCCAGAAUUAAAAUUAAAACAACUCGAAUAAAGUUUCCUGGUCCUUUAUGCACAGUAAUAUGAACACUUUACAUGGGGCUACCGCGUUUCCGCCUGUGACUAUUUCUAUAGGGCGAAGCCCGGUUCCGCGCACUAUUGUACCGAAAAAUACGGGACGUCCCGCCCGUGACGAGUAUUACCCACGCUGCAAAGACUUAAAUUCGCUAUGACUCGUGUGCAAUUAGAUGGCUGUCUGACUAUACACAAAAACGACUGGGAAGAAACGUAAAAUCACAGUACAUGAAACGGCGAAUAUCCAGUUUGCAAAAAUACUCCGCGACUCGUAAAAAUUAAGGGAAGAACACACGUGAGAAUAAUGACAAGUUGAGAGAACGCGACUGAAUGACAAAGUAACAAACUCGACUGCAAAGCUGAAAUCACUUCUGCACUGCAAAGUCUAGAGCUACAGCAAAUACCGCGCCCGUUCAAUCUAACCGUCCCGGAGCGACGUCACAAAAACGUCCGUUGUCUCUCGUGCCGGGUCCACGACUGCCUCCCUGCCUCCCACUCCCCUGGCACGCCCAAGUGCCCGCGUCUCUCCCCUCUCCGCGAGCCCACGGAACACACUGAUAGGUCACAGGCGGAAGCCACGGCCUUGGCGCCCGGUGAACAAAUAACACUUACACAAAUACAUAACCCUUCAAUACAAAAUUAAUUAUAAUAAAAUAUAAGCAAAAUAUAUACAAAAAACAUAAAACAAAAAACAUAAAACAAAAAUAUGUUUACAAUAAAUAAAUAAAUAAACAAAACGUCUCACAUCACAUACACUUGCGUCGCACUAACACGCAAGAGAUGGCGCUGGCGAGGCAUAACGGCCUGAAGGAGUCGGAGAGACACUUUGGUCGACGUCCAACUAACAAUUUAUUUCUGGGGAUCGUAAAUAAUUAAUUAUUGGUAUCAAGACAGCACGAUGAACGUAAACUUGAACAUGUUACGGCAGCGAGAAAAAUGGUGCUUAUUCCAAUAAACUGGUAUUAGAACUGGACAAAACUGGUAUACGGGAGGUGGAGCUUAUAUUUUUUUCCGCUAAGCUAGCAUCUAUUGGCUGGCUGCUGAUAGAAGGUCAUGAGUCUGGGCGGAGCAUAGAGUGAGUUAUACUGCGCAUGCGCAGCUCAGCCGGCGGCUACGCCACACCAUAACAGCUGACCGAGUACAAUGACCUUUCUCCGCGUACGGCGCGCUAUUGACGGUAAAUUUCCAUCAAUUUGCGGCCUGUUUUUUUUAAAUUUGUUAGUGUGACACAAUGUGUAUGUAGCCCGUAUUUGUUAUAAACGCUGCAGGUUGCAACUGUAUUUAUAAUUUGGGGAGGCAAAUAAUCUCCUUGAACAGCCAAAAAAGUAAGCAGAAGAAAAUUUCAGAUUUUCGUGGUAGGAAGUAAUCGUAAAAACAUUUUGGUUUUUCAUUCUUUUUUUAUUUUUGUCAAAUGUGGUAAAUUAAUAAUUGAUUAAAUACUAAAGUAAAAUUUGUUGUUAGUGUUUUUGUACCUGCAUUAUUGUAUGUGCUAUUAAACAAACGGAAAAAAAAUACUAAAUAAGAUAAGCUGUACUCCUUUUUAUACUUUUCCCUUUAUUUACACUUUCCCGCUUUUUACACUUUUUUACUUUAUCCCCAUGAAAAGUGCAAAUAAGGGGUUUUGCGUACGAAGUUCACAGGAAUACAAUAAUAUUAAUGAACAGAUAACUAACGGAAGUUUGAUAAAAGAAUUAUGUACUCCACUUUAGCACACAACAGUGUUUGAUAUUCAGUUUCAGUACGUCCAAUGUGUCUCCCAUUUUCAUUUUGCGAUAAGUUGAAUGUUGUGAUUACAACUUGUAAACACAGCAGCGUUAGGCCUACAGAAAUUACGAACGUUAUAUUUUAACAAAACAGUAAAAUAGAGUAAAAGGACGGGGGGGAGUUUUGACUUGUAAACAUACAGAAAUUGGAUGAUUUAUGUUUGCAUAUUGUAUUAUUUUAUAAAAAGUAUAAAGCCUGGUACAGUAGAGUGCAAAGUAUAAGGGAAGACUGCAAGGCAUUUUACUUCUUAAAGAAGUGUGUAAUCGUAGCCUACUUUUUUUUUACCGUAGCUAGCGACGACCCAUUUCUUAACCUGAGUUAAGCUUGUCCAGACCUCAGCUUCUGUCUCACUACGCAACAUUCCAUUUGUUAUAACUUCAAUGGCCUCGAGCGUGGCCCCUCUUGUAGGUUUUGGUACCGCGUCCUCUUCUUCCUCCUCCUCCUCUUCUGCGUCAGUUGACUCUUUAUGCCCUUUGAUAAUCUCGUCGUCUUCCAAAGCUUCCCAUGCUGGCAUGUCAUCGUCUACGGCAAGGUAGUCCUCAUACGUGACACCCGGUGUAAUUUUGUCCCACAAUUCCUUUUCGAUGGGAAGUACAGGUGAAGCCAGAAUGUAAUUACGAGAGGUGCCAGGUUGGGGUGCUAAUGGCAUUCCAAGCUGUGUCGAGGAUGUGUCGCCGCGCUCUGUGGAGAUCGAAGGUCUUCCUUUUGCUACCCAUGUCGUAAAAUUACGGCAGGAACAAAUCAAAGUAAAAAAAAACUGUCUAAGUUGUUAGUUGCACAAAAUCAUAAUCUUAAAAUCGUAUUAAAAUUAAGUUUGUCAACAACAUGAAAACACUAUAACAUCAAAAUCUAAAACGGUAAAUAAAUCAAUGCAGAAAUCAAAUCUGUAUAAAACUAAAACAGUUUAAAGCACAAUGACUGAACGACUACGGAAAGGCUGAAUACGGACUACUGGUGACUGGGAAAGAAAGAAAGUAAGAACGGGAUUCUAUUUUUAAAGCCACCCAUUUGGGUGGCGGGGGCAAGGCUGAAGAAUGCGACGUGUCAACGGCCGGAUGUCUAGCGGCGAGCGAGAGGGGUGGAGGGAGAUUAGGCAGACAUAUAACAAAGCGAGCUUCACACAAUCACGCUGUAAAUUCCUCAAAAAGACCUCGUUAUAGCCGUGUUCUCGCUAUUACCGUACUCGCUAUAACGGGAUUCUAGUGUAAGUUUAUUUAAUGAUAGGCAACUAAGAAAUAUAUUUAUUCAAAAAAUAUGAAGUUUUAAAAAAAAAUUAAUUUAAAAUGGGCAAAAUUGCAAGACUUUGUACAUGAUUACAAUUGAAGAACUGGAAUUCCAAACAUCUUUAAGUGUGUGGUGGCAAAAAUUUACGGUACCAAACAUUAUAUAUAUAUAUAUAGAAAUGCAUUUCAUGUGGUUGCUUUGCACGACAAACAGUUAAAGUAAUUUAUGUUUUGUGAAGUCGUAUAUUGUUUGGUUAUUAAUUUUUAUUAAAUUAAAAAUCUUUAUGUAAGUUAGUUAAAAAAUGUCCCCGUCACGAUAUUACGAACAUUUCUUUGUAGUUGAAGGAGUUGGUAUUUUCCAUUGUUUGAAGUGGUAUCCAUGCUCUAAAUAUAGCAAGUUUUUGUUUUCAUCUAAAUUUACUGUACUGGCGAUAUAUUUAUUUACACUGUAUUAGAUUUAAGAACAUUAUUAAAACAUAGGAUGGUUAAGUUAGAUAUAUACGGCUGGCUCACGUAGCUAAGAAAUAAUGUGAAAAAAGUGAAAAGUGAAAAGGGUACUGGUGGAUUUUCAGUUUAUGACAGGCACUUUAAUUUUUCAAUCAUAUCAGCCGAAAAUUAACAAGUGUAUCGGGAAUCGGCAGAAACUCAGAUUCGACUAACAAUUGGCAAAAUUGGCUUCUGCUGAUUCGUAUCAGCACAGCUCUACUUCAAACAUUAUUUUUUAUUCCUUGCACUAAUAUGUGGUCGUAUAAAAUUUGCUUUGGACCAAGUUAACAUUAAAGAGGGUUUGAAAUAAAUGGAACAAGUUUGAUAGUAAGGAAGUUUUGAUUUUUUUUUUAAUUCCUUAGCAAAUUACAAGCCAAUACGGGCACAUAGCAACAGCUGCCCGACAAACUCCAUUAUUUUUUCUCACGGCUGCGAACUCUCGGUCUCUCUAAUUAUUACACAACUGACCAAACUACAUAUUACCUUGAGACAAAAAAUCAUGGGGAGAAAAAAAAACUACAAAAGAAAAUUAUGUUAACAUGCCAUUUCAAACAAAGCAAAAACCAGCAAUCCAAAAAAAAAAAGAUACAUUAAAGCAUAUAAAAACUUAAAUUCACAACCAGACAUGUAAACACAAGGCCUAGGGGUUUAUUCAAUAUAAAGUAUACAAAUCGUCAGAAUAACUUGAAAAGCAUGGAAUAAUGUGAAUAAUGAUCAUAAAAAAUAUAGCAAACAUAAGAAUCCUUCUUAAAAGAAAAAAAAAGAUAUUAUUUACAUGAUGUCAGAAAAACUAACAAAUUAACAGAAAAUGACGAAACAACAUAAUAGAUCAUUACUUAAACCAUUUAAUAAGUGGGGAGGGCAUUAGCCUCGGUUGUUACAACCCAUGUUUAUUUAACCCUUAGCAGCAGCACUGGUUUGUUGUGUCAAAAAUUGUUUCUGACAAAAGUUUUUAGAUAAUAUUUUUAAGGUUUACAAACAUGGAUAGUGUACUUACUAAGAAUGUUAAUAAUUUUUUGUCUUUCAACCCCUGUUAUUUUCCACCCCUUGCAGCAUUGGUUGGUUGUGUAAAAAAAUUAUUUAGAAUGAAAGUUAUAGAUAAAAUUUUAAGGAUCCACAGUAAAUAAGGACUGAUUUUAUAGUGUACAUAGUACGGAAAUUACAAAUUUUUUUUUAAUUUCUACCCUCUUUUUUAACCCCUUGCAGAAAUUGUUUAAAAAAAAAGUUCUUGUAAAAAUUUUAAAAUUAACAAACAAUCUGAAUGGGUUUGGUGGUGUGGUUACUAAGGGAGUUAUGAAUAUUUUGUUUUUUAAUAUAUGUUUUUCCACCCUUUGUAGCAAUGGUUAAUUGUAAUAAAAAUUGUUUGUGACACACAUUUUAGCUAAUAUUUAUUAGGUUUACAAGCAAUUGGAUAGAUUUAAUAGUGUGUCUACUCAGGGAGUUAUUAACUUUUUUGUUCUUCAACCUUUGUUUUUACCACCUCUUGCUGUAAUGUUUGAUCAUACAAAAAAAAUUUUUGAUGUUGUAGAUACUGUUGUUAGGUUUUGCAAUAAAUAUGUUAGGAAUUAAUAUUGUUCAUGGUAUGGAAAUUAUGAUUUUUUUAAAAACUUCUACUCCUGAUUUUUCCAACUACUAGCAGCAAUGGUUCAUCUUAUCAAAAGAUUUUCAGAUAAAAAUUUUAGUUACAAAUUGUAAGAUUUACAAACAAUUUGAAUGUAUUCAAUGGUGUGCCUACUAAGGUAGUUAUGAAUUUUUUGUCCUCUAACCCUUGUUUUUUCUACCUCUUACAGUAAUGGGUCAUAUAAAAAUUUUAUUUAGUCAAAAGUUGUUGGUAUCACUUCUGUGUGUUAUAAUACAUUCAAACAGACGUGACAUUUUCACGUCAUGGGAGCUAUAGUGAUUUUUCUGCUUUUCAAAAAACCUUUCCCAUUUCUACUCCUUUGGUCAGAUUUUGCCCAUUAAUGAACUUGACCAAGAUUUUCCGUGACUAUAUUUUAUGUAUCAGUUUGAAAGUGUAUUUGUGCAAAAUUACAGCAGUUAUGGUGUGUGUCUGUCUGUGUGUGUACUGUGUGUGCACACUUUUUUUUUUUUUUGUUGAAUUGAGGCGAAAAACUAUAUAAAAAUUUUCCCAAUGUCGCACCAUGGUAACGGCUACAAUAGGUAGUCUUUCUUUGAAAUAUACCUAAGAAAAUAGUUACAUUUAUGUGAAUAGUAGAUCAAUUAUGUAUCAUGUAUAAUUGUGCCUAUUAUAUAUCAAAAUGACCAUAUGACAUACAAAAGUUUUAAGUCCUGAAAUUGGUUCACCUACUAUUUUUAGAUACCUUGUUAUAUAAUCUGCAUUGCUAAGUCAUAUUAUGAUUUUGUACAUGAAGACAACAUAUUGCAAGGAGAAUGGACUGGCUAUGUUUCGCAUGGGUAACAUUUUCAUUUUGAGAUAUUAUACUUUUUUAAAGUCAUGAGUUCUAGUUUCAUUUCAGCAGUUUCAGAAUGUGAAUCAAUCACUAGGGUUUUGGUUUUGAGGAUAAGUUUUUCAUUCCUAAGUUCAUCAACGUUAGCACAAAGAGUCUGUACAGUUUUUAUAAGAUCUACUACGAAAGCUUCAGGUUUGAAAACAUCAAUCAGAGGUUGUUUAUGAAUGAUAGACUAACUGGCAACAGUUUUCUUGAGUGGAGAUUUGAACAUCUUCGAAAGAUCAAAAUAUGUUGUAGUUAAAGGCGGAGCAUUAUUAGGGGGUAAAUCGAACCCCAGUAAAUCAGAUUGAUUUAAAAGUGAUGCGUUAAUGUUGACAGCUUACCAUACAGAUGAAAGGUUGGAUGGACAGUUUUGAGUAGACCAAGGACCACUCGCGCACACGUCUAUUAGCUGUGAACACACGGCCAUGAAACUUUUUUGUUUUUAAAUUACAGGACCAAUUGAUAGCUUAGGAAGAGGAAGAGUUUGUUGCAAAUAAAAUGACACUGGGCCAUUUUUGUCCAUCAAAAUUAUUUUUACCUUUUACCGACAUUCCAUAAAAUGAGUAAGUUGUGUGUAAUGAAAAAAGAAAAAUUAUAUGGCCGUCAAGUGAUGUUUCUCUAUUUUAUCUGUCCUUUUGUGCUUGUUCAAGAUGAGUCCAUGUAGUCACAAUUCUUACAUUUAUCCGUUUUUGAUUCCUUGAAUCCGAUAUGAAAUUCUGCUGUGAAUAUUCUGCAAACUGUAUCAGAACCUACAGGAAUAACACUUGCCUUGGAACAGAAUGUGGUAUAUUCUCUGAUAUAUCUUUCAGUUAUGUACUAUAGACUUAUACCUUAAUUUUUAAGAGUUCUUGUGACGAGAUUUAUCGUGUUUUAUCACAUAAUCAGCGCACAUUUUAUACUAAAAUCAGGUUUGAAAAGACAUUUAUGCGAGAAAAAAAAAAUUUUGUUAGGUAAAGUUAUUCAUAAACAUAAAGCCCGUUCAUGGAAAGUACAUUUAUUUAAAAGUGGAGUAUACAAGAGCACGCUGAACAAUUUAAAUUAAUAAGUCAUGUAACAAAAAUCUUUCUUCAACUUUAAGUAGGAAAACAAAAUGUGAAUGUGAAUGCGAGCCUCAACUAACGCUUAACUAUCGUCGUAGUAUACACUUACCAUGAAAGAGUGUGUGCCAACAAAUGUAGUUAACUUGGCACUCGACAAAGAGCGCACGUUGCAUGCAAUCGGCGAGAUAUCGAUAUUCGACUGUGUGUGCGCGCUCUAUAUGGGAAGCAACAUAACCAAACAUGAAUGUUGCCAACUAGCGCUGGCUACAUUUUUAUAAGCGGUACACUGCGGCGACGCAGACAAAUAGAUAAAGGUUAUAACUAGGGCCACGAUUAUAUGGUGAAUUUAUAUGGAAAAUGCGAAAAAAGUGAUUUUUAAGAAAAACUGCUUAAUAACACCUAAAUUACACAAUACAAGUCUCUUAUAUUUUAAUGUGAAAAGUUUGAUAGUGAAGACUUGCCCGGAUCCUGGUUGAUAAGCUGGAAGAAUUUCCUGCCUUGCAUUUCUACGUGCUUCCUCUAAUCAGCUUUAAGGCGCCGUCCGGUCAGCGUGUGUGUUAGUGAAGCGGGAUGAUAAGAGCGAAGCUCAAUGGUAGUUCUAGCGCGGUAAAAUAUCUAAGUGCAAGGCUCUGAACUGGCGCGCAGUCAUCUCGUUCCUGUCAGAUAACUGUGAAGUUUGAGCGGUGACCGUAACAUUAUAUGGCGGAAAAAUAAAGAUAAAGGUGUAAUGAAUUUCCCUCUGAUACUUUCAAGAAAUUUGUAACGGGUUUUUUACACCUAAAACUUCGAAAACAUGCCUUUUAACCAUUUAAUCUCCUCUAAAUCCUCUUGAUCCGAUAUCAAAAGAACCAGUUGGGCAUUAACAAAUUCUUAAAUGCUUUUCGUAAACAGACUCCAGUUUGAUAUCUAGUGUAGUUUGGAAAUCGCGUAGGUUUUUCGUGGCUGUGCGCGGCACACGACUGUAGUUGCCAUUCGUCACGCGCCGAGAAUGUUGUCCGGCAGGAAGGGCGAGUAUAGUUCAUUUGCGGUAAAAAUGAAUACUUUUACGGCCCUGCUAAAUUUUUCCAUUAAAUAAAUUUUGAAGUUUCAGUGAUUUUCCAGCAGAAAUAAUGUUGUGUACAGGGUGUCUACUGACCCUGGAAAACCUGGAAAACCUGGAAAUAUCAGGGAAUUUUGUAAUCAGGGAAUAAUCAGGGAAAAAUCAGGGAAUUUUUUUAAAAAUCAGGGAAUUUUUGUUUGGUAGGUUGUAGUUGGCAAUACGUUUUUUGUUUAUUGAUCAGCUUGCAUUGGUGUGGCAUCAUGUGUAUCCCCUCCCAUUUUUAUUUUUGAAUGGCAAAUAACGAACAGUUCCAACGUCCAAAUUCUUUUAUGUACCAUCGGAUUCGGAAGUGGCAUCAAAUCACGUGAUACAAACUGGUUCAAGAUUUUCUGUUAUCCUGCUGACGUGACGUGCUGCAGCAUGUGCUUCCCACGUUCAGAUUAUACCGAUAGGUGCAUUUAAUUUUAAGUAUCUAUGGAUGCCCUCAACGUAAACUGGACAUUUUUGUUAGCGUUGAAAAUACAUAUCACAGACACUUUUGGUGAAGAUUCACCAUCUUUGCUAGAAAUUGGUAGCUGUGGGCUUCAUAUGGUCCAUGGUGCUUUCAAAACUGGAAUUUCUGUUACACAAUGGGACGUUUUUAGUUUUUUGAGGCACAGUUACUAUUUGUUUAAGCACAUAUCUGCAAGGAGGGCAGAUUACAUUAUAAUAACUGGAUCAGAGCUUUUUCCCAAGAAAUUUUGUGCAAUCAUAUGGAAUACUGCAGUUGCUGAGCAUGCCAUGAAAACGUUACCCCACCUAAAGAAAUUGGUUAGUGAAGUUUCUAUUUCAUCUCUCUCUUUCAGUGUAGUGAAAUGUGCUCUUGAAGAUAAUCUUCUAAAAGUAAAAUUGACAUUCUUCCUUUUUUUGGCAUCAGAGCUGGAAUUGUUUCUCACAAUGUUCCAAAGUGAAGCACCCAUGGCACCUUUUCUCUUUGAUUCACUGGUUUUAUUAGCUUUGGCAGGAAUGUUUUGAAACCAGAAGUACUGAAGAGCUUUAGGGAGAAACGCAAUGUAUCUCGAUUGGAUGUAGAUAACCAGGAAAAUCUAUUGACUGCUAACAAUAUCAAGUUGGGUUAUGCAGUACGCCAUGCCAUCAAGAAAGAGAAAGUACCAGAAAAGUCUGUCCUGUUACAGAAAAAUGAUAGGACUUGUCUAAAGGUUAUAGUAAAAAAACUUCAAGACAAAAGUCCCCUGAAGUACAAUCUUACCAAGGGAAUUUCCUGCUUAUGUCCGUCUGUGGCUUUGAAUUCGGGUGUGAGGAAACAGCGUGUGAAGUACAGUUUAGAAUGUUGUCUUCGAAACAGGUGGCUAUCAGGACAAGAAGCUGAUAACAUUGAGUGAUCAUAUCAGUUGGUAUGUUCCUUGCAAGAUUCUGCAGCACUGUUCUCGUCUUUUUCUCGAGAAGACGGGCGCCUUGAUCACUUGUGGAUGCUCAUUCUUAAGGCAUAUACAGUAGCUUCCAAAACAGGCCUUCUAAAGUUUGUGAGGAUGGUGUUGGUACUUUCCCAUGGAAAUGCAUCAUUGGAAAGAGGAUUUUCAGUGAAUUCUAAUCAGCUGACUGAAAACUUGCAGGAAGAAAUACUGAUAGCACAAAGACAGAUGUAUGACUUUGUUCAACGUUCUGGAGGUGUAGAGCAGUAUGUAAGAAAUGCUAGUUGUAGGCGUAAGGAAGCCCUGCAAACAAAACAAAAAGAAAAGGAAGCUACAGACAAGAAGAAGGCAGAAAAAAGAAGAGUUGAAGAGGAGACCAAGGCAUUGCAGUUGAAGAAGGCUCGAAUGUUGGAUUUGGCUCGUUCUGAAGUAAGUGCAAUAGACGCAAAAGUUGAGUCACUGCGAAAUUGAUGGGAGCUUCCUUUUACUAAUUUUUUUUUGCAAAAGGAAGUGUGUGAAAUAUUUGUAGCAGCAUCUUUUAUUUGCCAUCAAUUGAGUCACUUUGGCCACGUUUGGAAGAAGGUAUUUUUUUUACUAAUUUAAGUAAGUUGAAAUACUUUGAAACCCGUCAAUGUAAUAUUAUGCAAUUUUUUUCAGUUUCUUGGAAUGUCGUAAUUGUGUUAAAGAAAACCUGGAAAAAUUCAGUUUUAGACCUGGAAAACCUGGAAAAAUCAGGGAAUUUAAUUUACUAGAUCUGGUAGACACCCUGUGUGUAACUAACAAACAAAUUGUAUCAAUACAAUUAACGGUAAAUGGCUGUCGCAGGGGCCCUUAAAAAUUUUUCAUUUUACCAGAAAUGGACUAUACAAACCUGGCUUUCGUCGCACGCAGUUUGGAGAAAGGGAGGAUUAUUUUUGUUUUGGUGCCAAAAUAUAUAUUUUUUGACGGUUCCUGAGAAUGUAUUGUACUUUUUAAGAGAAAAUGUUUAACCAGAACAUUCAAAUGUUGAUUACAUGUGAUUCUAAACAACACAAUACGCCCAACUGCUAUUUUUUAUGUCACAAUCGUGAAAUAUAUUGUGCAAGUACCAUGAAUAGCUUAAAAACCAAUAUUUUUUAAAGACGAAAUGUGUGGUUUUAAAUGACGAAAUCAGGUUCAAAAUAAAACCAUAUAUAAUCUUGGCUCUAGUUAUAACGUUUAAAAACAUCUUUAAAAGAAAAUUUACACAUCAGACAACUUCGUAUUUCCGUUAAUAAAAUAAGUAAGUGGUAACGUCCGAAUAAAUAUUAGAUUUCUUUUUUAAAAUACAUUGUUUUAUACGGUAAAGAUACCUACACAAAGCGCUCGGAAUCUAAUAGCAGGACCAAAAACAUCAUGCGACAUUCAUGCGAGAAGUUUUUUUAUCCAAAUUUUGACGCCCUAAAUUAUGGGUGCGACGAUUAUGCACAUGGGACGAUUAUGCGAUAAAAGAGAAUAAUAAAACUCAUACCUCGGGAGCUUACUGAUGAAGGUACAAACAUUAUUAACAUAAGCUUCAAAUUUUUUUUUUGUUACUUAAGUUUCUACUCUUACUCUGAUUUUAGCAAUCCAAUUCUACUUUCUCUGUAUCUACCACAGUAUGAUAUUUUCAGUAAACUUUCUUCAGGAAGUACUUCCACUCAUUUUAUUUUUUGUGCAGUUUUUUGGAACAUCUGUAACACCAAACAAGUAGCAUUAUAAAUAGCAUUAAACUCUUUAAACACAGAAUUGCUGGUUUCUUUCAUAAAACAGUUAUUCUUACAGAUUUAUUAGGUCCCAUUUUUUGUGGAUAUUUUGGUUUCACUUUUCCCCGGUAUGCCAACUCUUACCCUGGCAGUUUUAUUUUUGACCUGUUUGUUGACUCAUCUCCCAACAUUUGUGGCAUCUUUUUUACUGGAUUAUAUCGUGAAGCCUCAGAAGUUUCAGCAGGAACACUGGUUAAGGAUGGGUGCGUAACAUAAACGGUUGUUUCCAGGAGCCCAUCUUCUUCAACUGCUGUAUUAACAGAAGGACCAGAUACACACACUUCAGCAGUUCUAGUUGGGUUUGAUUUCUGUUACAAUAAGUAAUUUGGCACUUUAUAAUAGAUCUGAAUAUGGUUUUAUUUUUAUUUUGUGUGGAUGUACACAGUACAUGUUAUUAGAUGCCCAUAUUUAAUUUUACAACAAUUAUGUAUUGCAAAAAUUUGGAGAAAAAAAAUUCCAGGUAAGCAAAACUUAAAGGUAUUUAACAAAAGUGUUGUGAAGCUUCUAGCUACUUAGGUGUAAAACAUGGUAUAUUAUACAUACUGUGUUUUACCGCCUAUGUGUUCUAUUUUUUCUGACUAAUAAAAUAAGUAUUUAUUACUUAAAAAUAAAUUUCCCUAGUUUAUUUAAAGUUCACAAAAUAUAACUAUAAUUUGCUAUAUUAUAUUUUAUUCCACCAAGAUAAAUCUUUCCAAAACUCAUGUCAUGCUUGUGCAGAUAUAGAUGGGGCAGGGUGAAGAACAUAUAUUUUACAAUGGCUACCAUGUUUCACAUCAAAGGAUAAAAUGAAGGUAUUAAUUUCUCACCUUUUUAUGCACCACUUUCAUCGUUGAUCAGUUGCACUUGUACUCAGGAUAAAAUAUUGGAUCUUUAUAAAGGUCAUAACAUAAAACACUUUCAUCACUGUCACUGUUCUAAGCUAAUAAAUUACUUUGUGUGUUACGUUCAUCAAAAUAUUUCAAAACACACUUUGAAAAAUUUCAUCGGAAAACUUCACACAGCCACCCCUGUUAGUUCACUUGUUUCACUUGCAUUCAGCUGCUACGUAUCAUGUAUUUUAACCAAUAUUAUUGAGUUUAAAUUUAAAAAUACCUAGUUGAAGUAUUCCAUAAUAAAUUGACUGUACCCAAAAAUUCAUUUUGUUAAAAAAUGUUAGCUACCAAGUUUUAUGUCUGGAUGUCUCAAUAGUUGCUGUUCAUUGUAAAUUUUGCUGCCAGAUAUAAUGGGUGUAAAAAAUCACCCAAGUGUUAUUAUCACUUGCAUAACUUUUUUACCCUCAUCAUAUUACACUUAGUGAAUAUCUGUUGAAAAUGUUUGUGACAACAACAAAUGCAAGGUAGCAUCAUGUUAAAUAACAGUACAUAAUGAUUAGAACAUGGAAAAGAUUCAACGUGGUGAGUGAGACCGAGCUGUAUAGCCCACUGUGCUUAACAGUGCCACUUCCUUUUCUCAUUUUUAUUUUUUAUUUAAUUUGUCGGAAGCUUUAUGGGAUGUGUGCUAAUAACAAUUUUGUUAAAUGUUGAUACAACCAGGGUACAUUAUUUAAAAAAUUUAUUUCAAAUUGCUCAUUCAACUGCAAACCAUUUACACUUUAUUUUGCAUGCAUGGAAAAAGUUUGUUACCAACACACUGUUUGGUAGGAUUUUGUUAGUAUUAUAAUUGCAAUGUACAAGACAGCUUGGCAAUGAUUGAAACAAGUAAUGCUAAUGUGCUUAAAAUAAGUUUUCUGUGUCUGUAAUUACUUUGGUUGGUGUAGGAAUGGUGGAAGAUAGGAUGUAUGAGAGUGUAAAGUAUUACAUAAAUGAUAGUUAAGUAUGUAUUUAUUGUGACCAAAAAUGUAAAUUGGUCCCUUAAGAAGGGUGGGUGUUACUAUGUAUUUUUCAGAUUCCAAUUUUUUAGUUUCAGUUUUUGUUCCAAGGUAGACGUCUAAAUUUACAUUUAUAAUUCAAGAAAAAAUGUACCUAGUAAAUGAGUUUUCAUAUCAGUCUGAAAUUUAUAAAACCUUUUUAUUAUUAUAUGUAUGCAUGUAUUAUGAAGAAAUACACAUUGACUUCUAAUGUAAUACCUAAAACUCUACCUUCAUUAUAUGAGUAAAAAUAUUGUCUACUUUUAUCAGCAACUAUAAUAUAAACUUGAUUCUUAGUAAUAUGUAAUAAAAAACAUUUCGAAAAAAAAAA